AUACAUCGUCUGACCAAUCAGCGAUCAGGAAAUAGUUUUGCUAGGCCUGCAAGCCUACAGAAGCGGUAAAGGACUUAUUGUUUCGUACAGAUUUAUCUUAUCCCCAAGCUAUUUUAACUGAAAACAUGCCGUAUGCUAACCAGCCAACUGUGAAAAUCACAGAAUUGUCUGACGAAAAUGUGAAGUUUAUCAUAGAGAACACUGAUUUGGCGGUCGCGAAUUCUAUCCGGCGAGUGUUUAUGUCUGAGGUUGCAACGAUAGCUAUCGACUGGAUACAGAUAGAUGCCAAUUCAUCUGUACUUCAUGACGAGUUCAUUGCCCAUAGAGUCGGGCUUAUUCCACUCACCAGUGAUGACAUUGUGGAGAAAAUGCAAUACUCAAGGGACUGCACCUGCGAUGACUUUUGCCCCGAGUGUUCAGUUGAGCUGACGCUGGAUGUCCGAUGCACAGAGGACCAGACCCGUCAUGUUACCUCCCGGGACCUCCUGUCAAACAACCCCAGAGUCAUCCCAGUGACUUCGAGGAGCAGAGACAAUGACCCAAAUGACUACGUUGAACAGGACGACAUUCUUCUAGUUAAGCUUCGUAAGGGCCAGGAGCUACGACUCAGAGCCUACGCCAAGAAAGGGUUUGGCAAGGAGCACGCCAAGUGGAACCCCACGGCGGGGGUGUCCUUUGAGUACGACCCAGACAAUGCACUGCGGCACACAGUGUUCCCUCGACCUGAAGAAUGGCCAAAGAGUGAAUAUUCAGAAAUUGAGGAGGAUGAGGUGCAAGCCCCAUACGAACCUAAUGGAAAACCAGAAAGGUUCUUUUACAACGUGGAGUCAUGCGGCUCCCUGCGACCAGAGACCAUCGUCAUGUCGGCACUGGCAGUGCUGAAGAAGAAGCUGAGUGACCUCCAGACCCAGUUGAGCCAUGAGAUCCAGAGUGAUGUCCUCACCAUCAACUGAACAUGCAUAGGCUACUGUUGUAGGAUCACCACUUGAGUUCUUUGUUUCCCCCCAAUUGAAAUUAAUCAAACAAAAGCUGAUCAAGUUAUUGUUCUUCUGCGUAUGUUUGACAUUCAUUAAUGCAAUCUGUGUCUUCAUAAUGUUCAUGAAUCUAUGUAAGACACAUUACAGGUUUCUUUUAGCCUGCUGUUUUAGGUAGAUAUUUGCUAGUAUUUCAAACAUGGAGAUGGAUUUUGAAUGGAACGUUCUUAGGUUUUUUUUGUAAUAAAAUAAGAAAUUAAACAUG